CACUCCCUACCGUUAGCCGUUGUUGUACCCACUGCUACUGAACAGAUUUGUCGCGAUACAAACUAGCUACACACUGGCAUUAAAGCCACGAAAAGAUGCUCCUUCACCGGAUUAAAACAAUGAAAAAAACACAUAGAAGUCUGGAAAAACUUUGCCCAACAGUGCCCAAACUUUGGUAGACUACAACCAAAACCACUUCCCUACAGUUUCGAGUGUGUUAGCAUUGUUUUAUCUCACCACUAUUGCAAUUGGACGCGUUUUUCCCCCCAUCUGGACCAGUCCAGUCUGAUGAAUUCACCGAAAAAAGACGGAGGUGAUGAUGUGCCCGUUAAAGACCCGGUAAAAUACGGCGAAUUGGUCAUUUUGGGCUACAAUGGCUCCCUUCCAAACGGAGACCGUGGGCGCAGAAAGAGCCGCUUUGCUCUGUACCGAAGGGCCAAGGCCAACGGUGUCAAGCCCAGUGCUGUGCACAUCCUCAACACACCACAGGACAGCAAGGCGGUGCACAGCAGGGGGCAGCACAGCAUCUCUUUCACACUGUCCCGUAACCAGACCGUGGUGGUGGAGUACUGCCAUGACAACAACACAGACAUGUUCCAGAUUGGACGCUCCACAGAGAGUCCUAUUGACUUUGUGGUGACAGACACCUCUGGAGGAGGAAAGGAAGGAGAAGAUCCUUCCAUUGCUCCCAGCACCAUUUCCCGUUUUGCCUGCAGAAUAGUGUGCGAGCGCAACCCGCCUUACACUGCACGCAUCUAUGCUGCAGGCUUUGACUCCUCCAAAAAUAUCUUCUUAGGGGAGAAAGCAACCAAAUGGAAAAAUCCUGAUGGGCACAUGGAUGGCCUCACCACUAAUGGGGUGCUAGUGAUGCACCCACAGGGCUUCCCAGAGGAUCCCAAGCAAGGCCUGUGGAGGGAGAUCUCCGUCUGUGGAGAUGUUUAUGCGCUGCGGGAGACACGGUCUGGACCCAGCAGGGGGACGCUGGCGGAGGGGGAGAGCAGCGCACUACGUGACGGGUCGCUUGUCGAUCUCUGUGGUGCUACUCUACUGUGGCGCACCGGUGAGGGGCUCAUGCGUUCUCCCACUCUGCGUCACCUGGAGGCGCUUCGUCAGGAGCUUAACGCAUCCCGGCCCCAGUGUCCCGUAGGCCUCAGCACACUGGCGUUCCCCAGCCUACCACGCAGUCACAGCCUUGAAGAGCGUCAGCCCUGGGUCUACCUCGCCUGUGGCCACGUCCACGGACGCCACGAUUGGGGCCAGAGAUCUGAGAGAGAGGAAGAACCAGGAGAGGGUGAAGGCUCCACCACCCGGCGAGAAUGUCCCCUGUGCAGGAGCGUGGGUCCCUACGUGCCGCUGUGGCUGGGCUGUGAGCCUGCGGUGUAUGUGGAUGCCGGAGCCCCCACUCACGGUUUUGUGCCAUGUGGCCACGUCUGCUCAGAGAGGACAGCCAAGUACUGGGCCGAGACUCCUCUGCCCCAUGGGACGCAUGCCUUCAGACCCGUCUGCCCCUUCUGCUCCACUGCCCUGAGCUCCCCCGGCUGGACACGGCUCAUCUUCCAGGGCCCCAUCGACUAAUCACCACUCCUCAGCAACGACCACAAUAACAGGACGCUACCUGAGCUGCGUUCAUGCGUUCAAAUGUUGAUCAGUAUGAUAAGCGUGUGUGUUCUGUACAAUAACACUCUCUGUUACUGAAUGUAGCUCAGUGCUGACAAAUCCUUCCCUUUGUUUAUCCUUUAGUGCUUGCUGAUUGGUGUAAGAUCAGGAAAAUGGGACAGAAUUAUCAGUGCUGUCAAUUCAAAGUGUUUUCUAAAUUUUAAACCAUUUCCUGCCCCCCUCGUGCAGGAGUCAGAGGGUUUUAAUUCCAGCUAAAUACAGUGCCAGUUGAUUUCAGUCAUUACUCGUCUUUCAGCGAGACACAGCUCUCAGAAGUGAUGCUGCACGUGCACAGCUUAAACUAUGAUGCUGCAUUUUAACUAUAUUAUCAAAUGACAGCCACAUGACUGUCGUCAGGCUUCACCACCAUGCAUUGUAUAAAAUGCAAGUAACUUUUGCACUUAUGAACAGAAUGGCCAUUUUCUCAUCUUCUACCCUUUCACAUGAAGCGUGACCACUUCUGCUGUUGUGGAAUAUAUAUAUAUAUAUAUUUUUAUUAGUUCAUUGGCUGCGGCAGGACUUUCAUCACAAAAAACUUAAUGCUUCUGGCAUCAACUUCCAUAAAAAAACACCUUAUCUGACAUCAGCAUUAUAAUUAAUGGUUUUCCUUUAUGAACUAGCAACCGUUUUAUAUUUCUAGCUGUGUUCUCAGUGGGCUUUGCUAACUGCGGAUGGUAAAGGUACUAGAUUAUAAUGUGGGAUCAGUGGCUCGUGCUUCCAUACAGCAUUUAACACUCUUCCUGAUCCAUGAAGGAAAACUUCACAACUCUUUCCAAAGUUAAGGUAUUAGGAGCAUAUGUUGUUGGAGUCCUUUACAUAUCACUGUAGAGUAAGAUCUAUGCACAGACUGCCCAUUAAUGACAGUGUUGUAAAUGUGUUGUAAUUCUUUGGACAGUAACCUGCAGACUGUUCGAUUAGCUCUGAAGGGCCAGAGGGAACACUGCAGUACUUUAACAGCAGAUCUUUUCCUAAUUAUGAAGCAGAGUGAGGAUAAACAAAGGCUUGGAAUGAAAACCGGGUAUGAACUCCACUUCCCAACUCUGAAGCAAUAAUAGCACUCCCAUAGAUAAGCUAGAUGUUAUGCUAUCUUUAGCCAAGUGUUAGGUCAGCAGUCCAAUUCAAAUGUGGCUGAAAUGGUUUCCAGGUAAAGGGCUCAACCAGAGGCGUGUUCAAUCCCGUGACUUAUUUCCAAAUUGGGGGUCAUAGACCAGAGAAUAUGAGUGAUACCACCAAAGCUGCAGAUUUGAAAGACUUAAUGCCUGAUCCAUAUUUAAUUACUAAUUCUGUCAUUUCUUUACUGUGCUGGUAAUGCUGCAAAACUAUCCAGCUUGUUCUUUGUUAAUUUGAACACACUUCUGGUUUCUGAAUUAUGUUAAACAGGGUGUUUGGUGGUGUGAUGGAGUGUCAGUAGGCUUGACCUUGUGUAACCUCAAAACAUUUUUUUUGGGUUAUUGUUUCAAAGAAAACUAUUUUGUUAGGAAACGGGGAGGGCUUUAUUUGGGGAAGUGGGAGGAAUUCUUUUAGAUGUUCAGUGUUUAAAAAAAUAAUACAGCAACUAUUUUUCUAUCUGACAAUUGGUUUUAGUUAACUAUUGUUACUCAGUGUACGCAAGUUGUGUAUGUUACGAGAUAUAAUCGUGCGGUAGAUGUAGGGGAGCUUGUGAGUGAGAAAACAUUGCCAACACUGUGUCUAACGAACACACACACUUUCACACACACUCUGCUACCGUAAAACAUUGCCCAGACAAUGAAUGUAGCCAAAAUACUUUGGGCUAUAUUUAGCCUUCCCUGGUGCUCAUAUUGAAUGGUCUAUAUUGUGAUACUAUUUUUGUAACUGAAUAUUAGGUGUAGCUUGGUGAACUAGCUCAACAAGUAAAUUCAAUAAUAGCCUCAAGUAUGAAAGACAUAACUGAUUUAAAAAACAGAAAAAAAAGAAAGAAAUACGCUCACGUGAAAAAAUUGUGUCUAGCUUGCAUGUGCUGAACGUACACAUACAGUAUGUACACUACACGUACUCGAAAACUUUGCACGGUGGAGCGCCAACUUGCAAUUCAUGCUGAGAACGUUUGAGCUGUCUUCCGAGUCCUUGGUUGGUUAAAAACUGCAGCAUUUCUGUUUUGUUUUUGUUGUUUUUUGGGGGAGGGGGGCUUUAAAGCAAGAGAAAAAAAAAGAACGAGCGCCUAAAUAGAUCCUCAUACUUGAUAGAUCCACAAUCUUUGUGAAUGAGACCUCUUGAAUCCCACUUUGUACUACUAUGCCAAUAUUUUCCACCAAUUCAUCACAGAAAGACGUUCACAUCAACACUUGUUUACAUUUUGUAUUUGGACCCAUUGUGGAGAAUUUACAGCUAAUGAAAGUCAGCAUGUUUUCCACUUGAAGGGGACCUCUUAUGCUUCUCAGUAGCUUUGCAUGGUUCAGAGUUCAGAAUAAUCUUUAUUUACCUUGACAGCCCACUCAGUUCAUCAGUUCAUUUACUGUGUGAAAAAAGCCAUUUUGCCCCCCCCCCCCCCAACUUUAUUCUGAUUGGCUGCCCAUCACUCAAAGACUGUUUAAACAGAGGGUGAGUGGGGCUCCUGGUCUCAUUGCUAGAGCUAAAUUCCUGAGAUGACCGUAAUCAUAUGGGCACAGAAGUAGUUGUAGUAGUAGUGGUUGUUUGAAGCUUAACCUCUCUAUUUGAAAGGUCGACCAUUAUUAAUAUCAACAUCCACUUUUGUAUAAGCAUGUGUAUGACAGAACAUGAGGAAAGGCAUAAUAGGUCUCCUUUAAAGUCUAAAUAUAAGAUUUGUAGUGUGGCGGAUGAGGGUUGUGUUACUGUUGCUCAGGAUUAAGGAUUUUAGAGUCACAGCUGGAAGAAGCCUGGUAAAAGGCACUUUGAGUGAAAAAAAGUUCCAGAUUGAGGUGUUCGAUGUGAGAGCAGCCACAUCUUAUGUCCAAAUUCUAGAGGGCAAACAGUUGGGUAGAUCACCACAGGUCAACCACAUACGGGUCUUGUGAAACAGGCAAUGAAAUCAUGUGUAUUAGCUGGCCUUUGCAAAUCACACCAAAUCCAGUGAAUCUUGCUUUUGACAAGAUAUAUAUAUAUAUAUAGAUAUGCAUAUAUACAGUACAACAUGUAACACCAUUGGCAUGUGGAUGGAGAACAGUUGCAGCACCCCCACUGGGUUCUAGUUUAUGAACUAACGUACAAUAUUUGUUUGAGUUUUCUUUUUGCUUUAUUCUAUGACUCGCUUCGGGUUAUGGACAUCAUGUAACUUUUUUUUGAGUUUUAGAUUUUAGUAUUAGUUAAAAAAAAAUACAAACUAAGUACUUUAGCUCAGCAUCAGGUUGUUUGAUACCACCAGUAACAUCAUAAGCUCUUCCCUAACUUUGUUUGUUAUCAUAUCUAUUAAUUGACCUUCAUAACCAGAUGGCGAAACCUCAACUUCCUCAACUUAUGAGCUCGCCUCAUCGUAGGUGAGUGAGUAGCUGAUAUGUAUUAUACAGCAUAAAACCUCACAGUUAACAAUGCAUUCCUUUAACUAUAAUCUGUGUUGUGUACAGCUAUUUUGUAUUAUUUUAUAACAUAUUCUUCUGUAAUCGUCCGGUGCACAGACAAUCGCUAUACACAUGUCAAUAAACCAGUUCAAAGUUU